GCAAAAUCCCAAACUUUGUUGUCAUGCUGUCUAACCUGGCUGCCUUCUUUCCCACAGACCGGGGGGGCCGGGCGCCGUGAGCGACCCGAGGAAUUGAGUUAUCCAGCGGGAGCGAAGCAGUUUCUUUGCCGGCCACGCUGCACCAUGCGCGCUGGGCUGGUUGCGUUCCUUGUUGCUUUCUGUCUGACUCCAGAUUCUGUGAAUGGGGGUGGGAAGAAAUUUUAUAAUGGACCUUGCGGGGGUCGAGACUGCAGUUCAGGCUGCCAGUGCUUUCCAGAGAAAGGUGGUCGGGGUCAACCAGGACCAAUUGGGAACCAAGGACUGAUGGGUGUUCCAGGGUUUACUGGACCAGAAGGCUUGAGGGGGCCAAAGGGAGAGAGAGGGAGCACAGGUGCCCCAGGUACAGCUGGACUGAAGGGAGAUAAGGGCCCAAUGGGAGUCCCCGGAUUUCCAGGAAUAUCCGGAGUUCCUGGGCAUCCUGGUCAGCCAGGACACAGAGGCUUGCCUGGCCUGGAUGGCUGUAAUGGCACUAUUGGGAGUCCUGGGGUUCCAGGACCAGAUGGAUUUCCUGGUGUGCAAGGUCCCCAGGGUGGCCCUGGACCAAAGGGGCCAAAAGGCGAGCCUUCGUUUGCCCAGGGAGUUUUUAAAGGAAUGAAGGGAGAAAGAGGUCGUUCUGGAUUGAAUGGUGCAGUUGGCCCUAAAGGUUUCCCUGGCCCUAUUGGUCCUAUUGGCCAAGCUGGGCUACCUGGCUUUCAGGGGCCACCAGGUCCACCUGGCCUCCCAGGUCCUGUGGGUAACAGUGGCCUAGUUUUCCAAGGAGAAAAAGGAGCAAAGGGAGAUGUUGGGCUUCCAGGGCCUGCUGGUCCUCCACCUUCUACUGGGAUCCAGGAAUUCAUGGGAUUCCCCAAAGGACAGCAAGGAGCUAAGGGUGUUCCUGGUCCUGAAGGCUUUCCUGGUCCUCCUGGGUUUCUUGGUCCUCCAGGCAUUAGGAUUAUCGGAGAAAAGGGAGAAAAAGGUGUACCUGGUUUGCCAGGGCCAAGGGGAGAUAUGGGAUUGAAGGGCUUUGAUGGAGGCCCAGGGAGACCGGGUGUACCAGGUGAACCAGGAUUUCCUGGACGGGAUGGAUCACCAGGAGGAAAGGGCGACUUUGGGGAUGUUGGUCCACCAGGUCCUACAGUUAUUGUUGAUGGAGAAGGUGCUGUGGUCUCGGGUCCUCCUGGAGAGCCUGGGACACGUGGAACCCCCGGAGCUAGAGGUGACCAAGGGUUCAAUGGUUUACCAGGUCUUCCUGGCCAAGCAGGGUUUCCUGCACCUACUCCAGGUUCCCCGGGUCGUAUGGGAAUCCCAGGUGAACUGGGACCAAAAGGAGACCUAGGAGACCCAGGCAGAGAAACAAUUGGCUUGCCUGGUCCACCAGGCAGAGAUGGAGCUCCAGGUUUGCCAGGUGCUCCUGGCUUACCUGGACCAUCACUUCCCAUAUUUACUCCGGGAGCGAUCGUUGCUGGAGAACCCGGGGAGACAGGACCACCAGGACAGAGAGGGCCACCAGGACUGUUCGGGGUAAAAGGCUACAAAGGUGAAGCUGGAGAUUGUGCUUGUGAUGGAGGGAUCACACGAGCAGGCUUGAAAGGGGAGCCAGGUGCCCGUGGUCAGCCUGGAAGACCUGGUGAAACAGGCCCAAAAGGACCUUUUGGAGAUCCAGGAGAUGGUGCACCAGGGCCACCUGGUCAACCGGGUUUCUUUGGUCAGCCUGGUCUUCCAGGCAACAAAGGAGAGAAAGGAGAAGCAUAUCUGUUCUCAGGCAGAGGCACCCAGGGAGAUCCAGGCAAUGUGGGCCCCAGAGGGCCUUCAGGUGCAUCAGGAGUUCCUGGUAGGGAUGGCAUACCUGGUUUGCCAGGUCGACCGGGCCCUCCAGGUGAUGGUGGAUUGGGCUUUCCAGGAGACAAAGGUUUUUCAGGGUCACCUGGUUUCAAGGGUCGCCGUGGAGAGAGUGGUCUUCCUGGAGUUGGUUUCCCAGGCCCAGCUGGAGUUCCUGGGCCUCCAGGUGACCCAGGAAUUGACGGAUAUCCAGGGCAACCUGGUCUCCCAGGUGCUCCAGGUGAUUGCUGCUGCGGUGAGGAGGUUGGUAAUGAAGUCUUAGACGCUCAGGGAGGUAUAACUUUGCCCUGUGUGAUUCCUGGAGCAUUUGGUCCACCUGGGCUUCCAGGAUUCCCAGGAUCUCCAGGCUCCAAGGGCAGCAAAGGUCUGCCAGGCAUCCCAGGGCAGCCAGGAUUAAAUGGCAUUCAAGGGCAGCCGGGAUCACCAGGGUCAGUAGGGCCUUCAGGAGCACCAGGAUUCUCUGGCAUUCGUGGAGAGCCAGGGCCACAAGGAUCCCCAGGACCUGAUGGGAAGGAUGGAUUGCCUGGAAAUCUAGGCUCCCCUGGUUCGCCAGGGCCAAGGGGGCCACCUGGUGAAGUGUUUGGUGCUGAAAGCGGAGCUCCAGGGCAACCUGGUCUGCCAGGAUUGACAGGAGAUAAAGGCAUCCUUGGGGAACCUGGCCUUCCAGGUCAGAAAGGUGCAGAUGGGAGGCCAGGUCUGUCAGGUGUGAAAGGUGGACGUGGGGAACCAGGCCUUCUGGGCAUUGAUGGACCACGAGGACCUCCAGGACCUGGAGGCCCUUUUGGCAUUAAAGGAAAGCCAGGUCCAAUGGGAGCAGUCGGCUUCCCAGGACCACCAGGCUGUCAAGGAGCUCCUGGAGAUAAAGGCAGAAGUGGUGAUGCGGGGGCACCAGGCCCCACUGGUAUGAAGGGGUUCCCUGGUCCUGUUGGUCUCCCAGGACGUUCUGGUGAACUAGGGUUACCCGGGCCACUUGGCCCUCCAGGUGCAGAUGGAAAUCCAGGUUUUACCGGAUCAAAAGGACAAAAGGGCUUUGCAGGUGUCAUCGGCUUCCCUGGAAUGCCAGGCUUACCUGGAAUCCCAGGGGUGAACGGGCCAAAAGGAGCUUUCGGAUUACCAGGAAGAGAUGGAAAUAUUGGGUUUCCUGGACUCGAUGGUCUAAAAGGAGACAGAGGUGACCGUGGUCCUCCAGGACCUCCUGUCCUUAGACCUCCAGAACUGGCCCUUGCAUUCAAAGGAAGCAAAGGAGAGCCUGGUUUUGCUGGGAAUGCAGGGUUUACAGGACCUAGAGGGAACAAGGGACUCCCUGGUCCCCGUGGACAGCCAGGGCCCCCAGGAAUAGCUGGGCUUCCAGGCAGAGAGAAAGGACCUCCUGGAGACUCAGGUCUCCCUGGAACACCCGGCUCUCCCGGCUUCCCAGGACAGAAGGGAACCUCUGGCAUCCUAGGUUUUCCAGGAAUGCCCGGAGGAAAUGGUGAUAAGGGUUUGUUGGGGCCAUCUGGAUUCCCAGGGAAUACGGGAUUGCGUGGUUCAAAGGGUGACCGAGGAGAAUCAUUUGGAAUCCCAGGUGGUGUAGGACCUAAAGGAGAACAAGGGGGCCCUGGACUUCCAGGUGCAAGAGGACUUGAUGGACCAAAGGGUGAGCCAGGACUCCCAGGAAGCGUUGGGAUAAAAGGAAAUAAAGGUGCACCGGGGGACUUUGGCCAAGAUGGACCACCAGGUUUCCCUGGAGUUGGGAUUUCAAGGGGCAAUCCAGGUUUUCCAGGCAUUCCUGGGCAGCGCGGCCCUCCAGGACUUACAGGGCUUCCUGGGAUUGCAGGACCAAAAGGAUUCCUCGGCUCUCCGGGCUUGAUUGGCUUAAAUGGUUUACCUGGCACAAAGGGCUCACCUGGAACACCAGGUCUGAGUGAAAUUGGACUUCCAGGGCCUGCUGGAAUGCCAGGUGCCAAAGGAGAACAGGGUGUUCCCGGUUUUCAAAUUGGACCCCCAGGAUUGCCUGGACAGAAGGGACCUGCAGGAGACUUGGGUCGUCCUGGAGCUAUAGGUUCUCCUGGUUUGCAAGGGCCUCCAGGCAUCUCUCUUCCAUCAGAAAUUCCUGGGAGACCCGGUGAUGCUGGACGUCCUGGAGAAGAUGGUAGACCAGGCUUCCCAGGUCCCCCUGGGCCACGUGGACCACCAGGCCCAGCCUCCAACCAAGGUGUUACUGGUGACCCCGGCCUCCCUGGUCAUCCUGGACUAAAAGGCUUCAAAGGUGACAUGGGCUUCCUUGGGUUGGACGGAGAACCGGGAGCAUCAGGAUUCAAAGGCUUCAGAGGUGACCCAGGUUUAAUGGGAAUGCCAGGUAAAGAUGGUCCUCCAGGAGAUUCCGGUUUCCCUGGGCCAAAAGGUGAAGCAGGCCGUCGAGGGUUUCCUGGGCUUCAAGGGGCUCCUGGUCUUGUGCAGAAAGUAGAAGAAGUCAAAGUUGCUCCAGGCUUAAUUGGACUGCCAGGAAUUGAUGGCAUCCCUGGUUUGGAUGGAGAUACUGGGUUCCAGGGCCUGACUGGACCACAAGGCCCCAAAGGGAUGGCAGGUAGACAGGGCCAGAUGGGAGUCAAUGGUUUUCCAGGGUCACCUGGUGUAGUUGGAGAUCCAGGGACUCCAGGAAGUACCGGGCCACCAGGAUUUGAAGGAAUGUCUGGGAAGCCUGGUCCUGCCGGUUUACCUGGCAUGCCGGGCCGCAGUGUUGGGGUUGGCUACACUUUGGUGAAGCACAGCCAGUCGGAACAGAUCCCGCCAUGCCCUGUAGGGAUGAACAAGCUCUGGGAAGGGUACAGUUUGCUGUAUGUGGAGGGCCAGGAGAAGGCUCACAACCAGGACCUUGGUUUUGCCGGCUCCUGCCUGCCUCGCUUCAGCACGAUGCCUUUCAUUUACUGCAACAUUAAUGAGGUCUGCUACUAUGCCAGCCGCAAUGACAAAUCCUACUGGCUCUCCACCACAGCUCCCAUCCCCAUGAUGCCCGUCAGCAGCUUCCAGAUCUCUCAGUACAUCAGCCGCUGCUCAGUAUGCGAAGCUCCUUCCCAGGCUGUGGCUGUUCACAGUCAGGACAUCACCAUCCCCCAGUGCCCAGAAGGCUGGCGUAGCCUCUGGAUUGGAUAUUCCUUCCUCAUGCACACUGCAGCUGGAGCUGAAGGUGGCGGCCAGUCCCUCGUCUCCCCCGGCUCUUGCCUGGAAGACUUCCGUGCCACCCCUUUCAUCGAAUGUAAUGGUGCCCGAGGGACCUGCCACUACUUCUCAAACAAGUACAGUUUUUGGCUGACGACGGUUGAGCAGACCCAGCAAUUUGCCGACUUUACUGUCUCCGAGACUCUGAAAGCAGGUCAGCUCCGGACACGAGUUGGUCGGUGCCAAGUCUGCAUGAAGAACUUGUAGCAAAAGCCAGAACUGGCCAGAGCCAACAUAAGGGACUUGAGGUCUUGCAGUGCUGGAGACUGUGGGAUGUGCAAUCUUCCCCGGCUGCAGUAAUGGCAUUGAAAUCACUUCGAAAACCUCUGGAGCCCCCUUGUCUAUAUCACAGAA